AUGGCCCCGCAAGCACCAUCAGAGCCUAAGUUUGAGCCUUGUGCGGCAACGGCGUCACUGUUUCUAUAUACACAGGAUACCACCAUUCUGUGCCUUCACCAUGACACACUUGCUGUUGAACGACGGUUCACUAGCCACCAGGAAAAUAUUGAAUUUAUAUCAGUGGAUAAUGUGAGCGAGCGUGGUGCGGGUCGACUGGUGGUCAGCUACGAUGUAGGCCAGACAGCAAUUGUAUGGGAUAUUUUCACCGGCACAGAAAUCGCAAGAUUUGCGUCCUUCGAGCACCUGCGAGUUGCAUCAUGGAUGCGCAACGGGAAUGUCGCAUUUGGUAUGAGAAAGAACAUGGCCUGUGUACCUGAUAUGAUUGCUUACGUUUUUCCUACUUUAGGUAAUGGCAAAGGUGAAGUUAUUCUAUUCGAGCCUUCCACCUCGGAACAUAUUUCCGCGCGAACCAUCUUUGAUCCCAUCACUUCUCUUGCCCCGGCUAUGGACUGUCGGACCUAUGCGAUUGGUUAUCAAAAUGGAUCGAUUCUUAUUGCAACCCUCCUUCCUCAAUUCACUAUCCUCCAUACCUUGACUACUUCUCGCGGACCUUCACCAAUUAUCUCACUCGCCUGGCAUGCCUCCUCAUCGAAACAGAAAUCAGACAUGUUGGCAACACAAGCUUCAAAUGGAGAUUUGAGAGUCUGGAGUGUAUCAAAGCCGCCAGGGAAAGAAGCUCCCAGAGUGAUUCGUGUUUUAAAACGAUCUGAUUCUACCUCGGCGGAUCCGAAGUGGAUGGGGUGGUCCAAGAAUGGAAAGAUUGUGCAAUAUCUUGAAGGAGAAACUUGGGCUUGGGAUGUUCGAACAAAGCAUGUAACUUACGAACCCAUACCUACAUUAGAAGGAGUGCGAGGGCUGGCAAACCAUGGUGCCACUGCGACUCUAUUCACCAUUGGCCCGAAUAACACAGUCCAGCAGUACGAUGUUGACAACCCAGCAAUGGUGGCCAACGUGCAACAUGUUCCAGUCAUUCCUCGUUCGGUCACAUCCGAGAGCCAAAGAUCAAAGACUAUGUCUCCACGGCGCCUACAGGAUCCCCCAGAGCUUCGAGAGCCACCAACUGUUCGACGAACACCUUUUGAUUCAAACGGACUCGAUAACCUGAGGCAGCAAAGGGCAGAUCUGAUUAGCCCAGCCUCGUCAAGAAGCAGAACGGAAUCUGUUAGCUCUAAGGCUUCAUCUGGGAAGUAUAGAGCUGAUGCGUUCUCGCCACCCAGUCGAUCUGGACAGACGUCAACAACAUUUUCAAUGACAUCGGCUGGCCGCGAUACACCACAGCCUUCAGCCGGUUUCCCGUAUGCCUCGUCGGUAUCGAUGUCUUCGGUCAAGAGUUCUCGGGCUGGGUCCCGAUUACGGAAUGAAGUGCAGAUGAGCCCUGCUGAGAGGAAUAUUGUUGAUCUUUUUCCGUUCAUGCGAGCACGUUUGAACGAUGUGCCGUACAAAGCGCAACCGCCUUUUGACGAAAACCAUCUGACCCCGGACGAUCUGCGGCAACAAAUGCUUAGCGUAGUUUUUGGCUGGGAAGGGGAUAUUUCAGAUUUGAUCAGAGAUGAGUGGAGUCGCCAUGCACCAGGAAGUCAGAGUGCAAUUCUUCUGGCACAAUGGCUGGGAGAGACUGACACAGAUCAAAUGGCUGAAAUGAUCAGCGCCGGACCAACGACUACUUCGGACUGGAUGCUUUUGGCUUUGAGCCAAAUGAGUGGACAGGCACAGGCAAACAAAGUUGGACAGAGCUUCGUGCAAAAGCUACUGGAAAUUGGAGAUAUUCAUACUGCAGCUUCCAUUCUCCUUGGUCUGGGAGACAGCAAUGAUGCCAUCGAGGUCUACGUAUCGCGCAAUCACUUCAUGGAGGCCAUUCUCAUGACAUGUCUUCUAAUGCCAUCAGACUGGCAACGCCAAUCAUAUCUCGUGAGACGAUGGGGAGAGUAUGUGGUCUCCCAUUCCCAGCAACAACUUGCUAUUCGCUGUUUUAUGUGCACCGGUGCCGAGCCUACUGAGCCGUGGACUUCGCCAGCUGCUCAGCAGGCGGCUUCUUUCGCCGAGAUAAUUCGAGGAAAAUCGCCAUUAGCCUCGCCUGAUCCUAUACAGUCUAUGCAAUCCAUGCAGCCAAGUGCUCCUCCAUCUAGACCGAAAUCAGCAUCUAACCAACGAGCUGCUGGCAAGACUCCUGCGUUAAAACUCAUAACAUCUUUCGACGCGCAGCCGGGCAACAAUCGGUUCCGAUUCCCUGGAUUGAAAUCCGAUGACCGAACACCCACAAACGCGCCUGGUGUUACACCUAUCGCCGAGUCUGCUGUAGCUGACUCGGCUUUGUCUCCAGGUGGAUUAGGUUCUUGGAAGCUCAACAACAUACAGAGUCUGAACCAAGCAAUUGGAUCCCGGACUAACACGCCUGCAUUCAACCGACGCCGUCUUCCUUCCAUUGGCGAGACCCCUGUAGAUGUGCAUCCCCCAACGUUCUCCCGGGCUCGUUCCUACAAUACUGGCAGUGCCUAUGGCUCGACUUCAGAGGCCGAAGAGGCCAGCGGCCAGGAGCAGAGUCAAGACGAAUCCGGUGAUGGAUUGUUACUCUCGGCAACGAAAUACACUCCAGGCCAGGAUUCGAUAAAGCCAAGCCCCCAGACUGCUGUUCAAGGCUCAGAUAAGUUUGCAUCCAUCAAGGGCCUCCCAUCGCCAGCAGCUGGAUUCUUCGAAGCUCUCAAGGACCACUCUGAUAUCCGAAAUGGCUCCCGUGAUAGAAAGCCAGCCGGGCUUGAGAUUGAACUCAUUCAUGCAGAGGAAGUCGCCAGCCCACGCAACCAUUCUGGCUUGCUUCACAGUGCAAAGAGUACCUCAACAGUGCAUAGUUACAAUUCUGCCAAGAGUCCGAGUGUGAGCAGCCACAGCAUCGACCAGUAUAUCAGCAGUCUGGACGAGGCCAACUACCACGCAAAGGGUCACCGCAGUCAGCGCUCUGGACGAGCAAGAAGAAAUACCGAUGACACUGGUGGCCCAAACCUGCGUGAGGCAUCCCAGGAGACUCGUGGCCGCAACGAACGCCGAUACAUUCAGCCUGCGAAACGAUCGCCUUCAUCCCCAGUUCCCAUGUCGCCUGAUGAGCUCGCACGUUACCACAUCGGGGAAACAGAAAAACGAGACGAAACACGAAAGAAGUCCCAUUCACGUGCCCGAAGCAGCAGCAGGAUGAGAAAGGCAGGAUCACGCAAUCGCCAGCGUUCUUCCAGUCGACACACUGCAAGCCGCGUCGCCCUAGAAAGAUUGGAUCCCUCAUCCAGGGGUCGUAGUACUGACCGUCAAGGCUCUGCUGCUCGGUCGCCAUCUUCGCCUUUGCCAAUGUCCUUGCCAAUGACUCUGCCUAGUCAGGAAUCUUCUCAACAUGAUGGCGUAGACGAUCCCCUCCGGAUUGUUGUUGGGAACCGGGAGCGACUACGCUCACACCACCGAAGCGCAAGCCGUCGUCGUGGGGAAAAGGGAACUAACUCGAGACGGGAACCCUCCCCUGAGUCCAAGCACAAGGUGUCCCACAGCGUGCCCGAAGUUCGGCAACCCGUUGAGAUUGAGUUCCUGCCUCAGCCUGAGGGCUUCGAGCAAUUGAGCAGUAAAGCUUUUGGACAAGAGCAGACUUUGAGUACUCAAGCCUUUGGGCAGGAGGAGACUUUGAGCCCUCUCGUGUUUGGACAAGAGAGUACUUUGAGUGCUCAACCUUUUGGACAGGAGCACACUCUUAGCGCCCAAGCUUUUGGACAAGAGAUGAACAACGAAACACCAAGACAUGAUGUUUUGGGCAAUCAGAUUUAUGGACAAGGAGUUCAGACAUUUGGACAAGAAGACACCUUGAGCAGCAAAGCCUUUGGGCAAGAAGACGUUCUGAGCAGUAAGAUGUUUGGGCAAGACGUCUUCGCCCAUGGACGCAGUCAAAGUAGGCCCGUUUCGGCUGCUAAUGACAUUCAUGAGCAAGUAUCUCCAACAACGCCAUUUGUCACCUUGGCUGAGAAAAAGAGGAGAGAGUUAGCCGCUGCCGAACUGGAAGCCCGUAGGCUUUCUCUAGCACGCAAUCCUUCUGCACCUAAUAUCCCCUUCCCAGGAGAAUUGCAAUCUGCUCGAUCGCCCAUGGAAAGCCCCCCUCCCUUCCAUGGGAACUCUUAUUUCCCGCGAGUCCCGUCACGAAAUCAAAUUCCCCCAGCCAAAAGAUCGCCUGAAUAUGGCAGCAGCUCCGACUCAAGCUCAUCAGGUUCAAGGCAACCCGUGGGACUGCCAGCGACGCCUCGAGCCAUGAGGCACCCCAAGUAUGGCGGCGGCCGAGAAGACCGACCACCUUCUGUUCCCCCCAUCUCAAGCGAUCACUAUGGUUCCCAGGCUCUAAGUGAUAACCGGUACCACAGCGAAGCGGCUGAGAGGAUCGGACGGUCCAUGUCAGUCCCCAUGCCAGAAAACAAGGCAUCCAAAUACAUGAACCCACCCCCAGUGCCAUCUGAACUACCAAUGCAUCCACACUUCAACCCCAAUCUUCCCCGGAGCCGCUCCAGCAGCCGUGCUCGCAACAUGGGCCACCGUCGUACCAGCUCAGGAGGCUACGUCUCCGGUACCUCGCCCCAAGUUACCGUGAGCAUUGAGGAGACAAUUGAGAACGCAAUGCAGAGAAGGCCAGCGCCGCAAGACAUGAUUCCUCCACCUCCUCCUCCAAUUCUCCCCGAGCUACAGCACCUCAAUACCCCUCCGCCUCCACCACCGUUCCCAAUUACCGUGGAUCCCACCUCACCCCGACAGUCCUCAGCCACUAUCGACGUUGCGAUCGAGAACGAAGAUAUGGGUCGCAUGAUUCCUCGAGCGAUGACUGCCGCCCCAACCAUCCAUGUCGAUGUCGGUGACUCCAAGUCCAGCAAACGUACCUCCUACGAGCAUCGCCGCAACCGCAGCUCGAACGAGAGCUUCGCAACCAAAUUACGCAGUCUUACGCGUAUUCGAGGUACUAGCCGCAGUGUUGAGCCAUGGGGCACAGCAACCGAAUGGGGAUCCAACGCUCUUGAGAAUGACAUGCCGUAUGAACUGCUGCACUCGAGGGCUUAUACACCCGGACCAGGCUACGGGGUCUAA